CACCGGCCUCGAGUGAAGAAGAUGGCGGUCUCGGUGUUUCCCGGCGUGCGGCUUCUCUCCAUCGGAGACGCAAACGGAGAUAUACAGCGGCACUCUGAGCAGCAGCCGCUGCGGUUAGAAGUGAAGAGCACACAGGACUCGGCCCUCAUCAACCUCUCCAAUGGAGAGGAGGCGAGUGUGUUCAAGUGUUCGGUUUCCCGGGAGACGGAGUGCAGCCGCGUGGGGAAGCAGUCGUUCAUCAUCACACUUGGCUGCAACAGUGUCCUACUGCAAUUCUCUUCACCUGCAGAUUUUCAGUCCUUUUAUAACGUCCUAAAGAACUCCCGCGGACAUCUUGGCGAGCGGUCAGUUUUCAGUGAAAGAACAGAGGAGUCCUCUGCUGUACAGUACUUCCAGUUUUAUGGCUACCUCUCUCAGCAACAGAACAUGAUGCAGGACUAUGUUCGGACUGGGACUUAUCAGCGGGCUAUUCUCCAGAACCACACCGACUUUAAGGAUAAGGUUGUUUUGGAUGUUGGGUGCGGUUCAGGGAUACUCUCGUUCUUUGCUGCACAAGCAGGUGCCAGGAAGGUCUAUGCUGUGGAGGCCAGCACCAUGGCCCAGCAUGCUGAGGUGCUGGUCAACAGUAACCGUCUCGGAGAGCGUGUGGUGGUCAUCCCAGGGAAGGUGGAGGAGGUGACGCUGCCUGAGCAAGUUGACAUCAUCAUCUCGGAGCCCAUGGGCUACAUGCUGUUCAAUGAACGUAUGCUGGAGAGCUACCUGCACGCCAAGAAGUUUCUCAAACCCAACGGUAAAAUGUUCCCUACAAUCGGAGAUGUCCACUUGGCCCCAUUUACAGACGAGCAGCUCUACAUGGAGCAGUUUACCAAGGCCAAUUUCUGGUACCAGCCUUCCUUCCAUGGUGUGGAUCUGUCUGCCUUGCGGGGGGCAGCAGUUGAUGAGUAUUUCCGUCAGCCAAUUGUGGACACUUUCGAUAUCCGUAUCCUCAUGGCCAAGUCAGUAAAAUACACGGUCAACUUCCUGGAGGCCAAAGAAGAAGAUCUCUACAGGAUAGAGAUUCCUUUUAAGUUCCAUAUGAUGCACUCAGGUCUGGUACACGGUUUGGCUUUCUGGUUUGAUGUGGCGUUUAUCGGAUCAGUGAUGACGGUAUGGCUGUCCACAGCACCCACGGAGCCCCUCACCCACUGGUACCAGGUCCGCUGUCUGCUGCAGUCACCCCUCUUCACCAAAGCUGGGGACACACUGUCCGGCACAGCCCUGUUGAUCGCCAACAAAAGACAAAGCUAUGACAUCAGUAUUGUUGCCCAGGUGGACCAGACUGGAUCAAAGUCCAGUAACCUCCUGGACUUGAAGAACCCCUUUUUCAGGUACACAGGCACAACCCCAAACCCACCCCCAGGUUCACACUACACCUCCCCGUCUGAGAAUAUGUGGAACACAGGGGCAGCAUACAGCAUGAGUCAGGGGAUGGCUGUGUCAGGGAUGCCAGCAGCUUAUGACCUCAGUACAGUGAUUGGCAGCGGCCCGCCAGUGACCCACAACAACCUCAUCCCGCUGGUGAACACGGGGAUCGUGAACCACACCCACUCCAGGAUGGGUUCCAUCAUGAGCACAGGAGUUGUCCAGGGAUCCACCGCCACCCAGUCGGGCCCCAGUAGCGCCGGCGCCUACUACCCCGUCACCAACCAGUUCACCAUGGGCGGGGCCGCCAUCUCCAUGGCCUCCCCCAUGGUCAUCCCCAGCAACACCAUGCAUUACGGCAGUUAAGAGCCAGGCCCCGCCCCCCUGCCCUUGCAUGACGACACCCCCUCCUCUCCCCCCCCCCCCCCCCGAGCCCCCUCCUCUUGACUCACCAAGUGCAGCCGAUACCAAAAGCAGUCGUCCGUCGCCCCUCUCCUGUGUUCGGUCCGUCGCUGUAUGAACAAAGACUCUCACAUCCGUCCAGACUGUUGACCAGCUGCUGCCCCCACCCUGCCUCCCCUCCUCACCUAUGAACUGGGACUGUGACACGUGCAUAGCAGUGGUUGUCAGCCGCCCGCUCAGGAUCCCCAUCACUCCAUCGACCUCCAUUUCUCCCUGGUUCAUCUUCACAUACCUCAUCAGCUCCUCCCACUGGACCUGAAGAGCGAGGCUCCGCCCACCCGUCCGUCCCAGGCGAGCGCCCACUUUUCCUCCUGGUCACUUCCAUCUCACCAGCUGCUGCUCAUGACCUCCCACCUGCUCCACGCUGCUUUGUCUCACCCCGAGCUCCCUGAGAAUUGGUCUUCCAUUCGGGCGCCUCGGACCCGCUCUGCUGGGUCUCAUCGCCGCAGCACCUCAGUCCAGCCGUCUGGAAGUAUCCACGGCUCUCUUCUGCUCCAUGUGGCCACAACCCGACCCCUCCUCACCACAGGCGUCUCACUCUCCUGUUCCCGACCCAGGUUCUGGGUCCCAUGACAUUUGACACGGAGCAAUAAGGGACUAGCAAUAAUGGAGCGGGGAGCUGAAGCGGCUAGGUCUGGUCCGCAGCAUGGAAGGUUGCUUUGCAUGUGAUGAUCCCCAAACAAACCCAGCGCAGAGCGGGAGGUGCCUGGAGGAACUGGAACUGGAACUGGAGACACAUUUCUGGACUGGAGGGAGCCUCACUCACCCCCACACCUUCCCCCCACCUUGCUUCCUCUCCCAACUUUUUGAUUUCAGUGAGACACUGACAGAUGCACUACAGUCGCCUCUUCACCGUGUAGACACCGACAUAUCAGGCCAGCAGAGGGAGAGUGACGUGCGAGCAUCGCUUCCAGCAUCACAACCAAUGGACUGAAUGGAGCUUGGAGGGAGGCCAUGAGGACCUUCCUCUGUAGGAUUUAUUUUUCUCUUUUUCUUUUUCUUUAAAAAAAAAAACAAGAAAGGCUUAAAAAAAAGUGCAAAUUAAAUGUGGUAAUGUUCCAUCCGGAGGAGAGUUGGUGACGCUUCGAUCUGCACCGUCGACAGAGGCGUUUCAUUAGUGCUAGGCUCCUGCCGCCUCUGUUGUGAUGACUUUGCUCUGUACAGUCAAUAAUGGCGUCCAUGACGGAGGAA